CCAUUAUCGUCCUCCUCAUCCUCAUCAUUGACAUCAUCACUGUUCCAAGGUUACGGCGUCCGCGCUGCAUCAAUGCCUCCGUUCGACAAGUCCAAGAAGAAGGAUGCGUCGCAGAUGGUGAUGCUCAGGUCGUUCGAGUUCCUCAAACUCGUUAAUUGCUAUAAGGUGUCGAACCAUAUCGUGACUAUUGACAACAACCUGCAGUUGUCAAAUCCCUUCGUGCCCUUCGAUUGUGAUCUUGGAGACUUUGCAGACAUGGUGCGACGUCACAAGCUGCAGGCGAUGGGCCAAGCCGUUUUGCGAACUGCUGUCUCUGUGAGCUCGCUAAAGACGGUGGGCAAGAGUUGUGGGGAGCCGAAAACAUCCGCCCGUAUAAGCAAAAGUGGGGCCGCAUCGACACAGGCAAAGAGCGUGAGCAAAUCAGCUUCUCUGCUCCGGCCGAAGGGUAUGUCUCCGACGCAGGCACCAUCCCAUGCAGAAUAUGUGGCACGCGUUUCUUUGACUCCGCCUGGUGGGGCCACUGACCAUGAGGAUGACAACGAAAGCACACAGGAGGACUCACGCUUCUUCAACUCCGACGGUGGGCGGUGGCCCGAUGACAAUGAUGCGAAAGACACGGAAGGGGACGAAGACGAACAGCGGUUCCGUGACGGUGCACACGAUGAAGAGGGAAGCUUGGAGGAUGGCUUCGCCGAAGGUGAUGGUAGUGAAGGCCAAGAGAAUGGUGGUCACGAAGGCGAUGGGAGUGAAGAAGAAGAAAAUGAGGAAGCAAGUGACAAGGACGCCGCAGAACGGGAAGACAACUAUGAAGGGGGGGGCGAAGGAGAUGAGGGUGGAGCGGACGACGACGACGGCGGGAAUACAGGGUUGCAGAAAAGGCGGAAACAGUCUUCCCGUGCCACAAGUCAUGACGGUCCGGCAGAAGAUGACGAUGUGUUGCAUGGCACACAAAGGUCUGUGUGCAUGCGCAAGAGGAAAAUGAAAUGUGGGAGAGCAGAGGAAGAGAAGCGGAGACAAGCUAAGCUCAUCAGCCUACAGGCCUCGACGAAGGCUUACAAGAGAUCCUUAGAGGCUCAAUCCGCUAAACCAGCAAAGGAAAAGCGUGAACGAACUCGAUCUUCCCAGAGACCGAAGAAAAAAACAAAGGCUGAGGAGACAAAGGAAGUCGCGGACUCUGGGGACGAAGCGGCGAGGGUCGACCCGAGACAUACAGCGUCAAAGCCUAGAGAGUUGACCAACGAUACUAUCGACACCACGAGAUGUUUUUUCCUGGAAUAUGACGAGGACGUGCAGAAGGAUGGCCGGAAGCAGUGGGAACGUGUGAAGCCGGAGGAGUGGGAUGAUGACAAGGUGGCCUCCUACCGUUGGUACACAGUGGCUGGCCAACAUACAGUGGAGGCAGCAAAGAGGCUGGUCAUUGCGAAAUCGUCUGCUGCCCACAAGUGGGGCGUGCAUUCUUGGAAGGCGCGAGUUGUGUAUUUUGACGAUGACCAUUUGGAGGGGUAUGCAUACAUCUCCACGUUUGACAACACCAGGGAGACACGUGUUAUCCCGUCGUUGUUUCGAAUGGCUGUGACUGCUAUUAGAGGUCUGUGGCAGAGUAUGAAAGAGCCAAAAGGUGAUUGGCAUCAGACAAAGACGGUGGAAGAAAGGACUGCACAGCGUGACCAAUACCAGGAGUUCGUACGGAAAGCUAUACGGAUGACUCCUGACACAUCACUCUGGAACUAAGUUGUGUGGAAUCUGGUUGAGAAGUUCUUUUACAAAUGGGAAAAAGGCGAACUGUCAGGGCAGGACGGCGUGAGACCAGUAGAUCAGGAAGGGAAAGCAGGCGAGGCAGCAGGACCGGGCCCUGCAGCGAAGACGGUGAAAGGCAAAAAAGUGUUGGUGCACUACGUCCAGUCCAACAAAAGUUUGCCGGGUUUCUAUGUUUUCAUCAAUGAUCCCCCCGCGAGCGCAUGGAAGGUGUUCGGCGAUUUCACAUCAAGGGAGAAGGAAAUGACCCUCGAGAAAAUACUUGCGGGACACGUUGUUGUCACGAGCGGAAUGGCAUUUGUGAAAAAAAUGAUGAACAUGCAAGACCUGUACGUGGAGGCAGGAACAACGUGCGACUUGCUGCGCUCAGGACGCCAAGUCGUCGCAUGUGAUGGUUCCUCAAACCUGAUGGAGUACUCCACUUUGUUUAUCGAUCGCCACAUUCACAAUCCGGAUAACAGGUGUCACUUUGAACGGUCGAAACCUCAACAUCGUGCAGACCGAGACAUGUUCCUGAAGCUCGGCAAGAAGAGGGACUCUCUGAGGAGCUAUCUUUUCUGCAAUGCACCCGCAACACCAACAGAUGCAGAUUAUCUGCACCGUAAGGUGAUAGCGAUCCAGCAUCUACAAGGAUAUCACAACGCCAAACGCGGUGCAAUUGAGAUAUUUCUGAACCGAUGUGAACACCUGUGGUUUGAAAGGAAGCGAGUCAAAAUUGAUACCAAGGUUUACUGCGAGGUGAUGGACGUUGGGGAGCAGUUUGACAUUAUGGACAGUGAGGAGGAAAUAGAGGAUGAGGAGAUUGACCUGCCAUUGUCGGAUGCACAUCAAAAUGCAGUGAGAGACGAAACGCCUCCGCUGUCCGCUAUGGGUGGUGAACAAGCGAUGGAGGAAGAUGUUGGCGACACUAUCGCGAGUACCAAGCCCAAUAAUGUGAUGUGUGGAACAACGCCGAGAACAGGUGGUGCAAUGGAAGGCAGCACAUCCAAGGAAAGAGUCCUCAGGAGCAGGUUUUAUGAAAUCGCAAAGGACAACUUGUCUACCCGCGUGAAGCAGGCGAACAGAGAGGCGCCAUACCACAAAGUAUCAGACAAAGUGAACUCGUUAUUCGAUUUCCUGCGUGAAAAUCACCUUCUCGAGUAUUGCGCUGCGUUCUACGACAAGAAAUCGAGUCCAUCGUAUGGAGCUGUCAUAUGGUCUGUGGACUACCGUGCAACGGACUGUAUGUACGACAGCGACAUACUUGUGGGAUGCAGUCAAGGCCUUGAAGGACACACAAGUGUAAGGAAGCAGAUCGAUUCAGCAGCAGCAGGAGGUGGUGGCGAGAGUGUGGCAGACAAGGAAGGGCAUCUCUGGAUGCAAAACGCAAUAGGAGAUGAGCUCAGUGAGCGGCCAUCAAGCACACCGCAACCAACACUUGGACCGUCAGAAGGCAUCAGUGCAGUGGGAGCCAGAAGUGAGACAACACUAACAGCACGCGGGGAAGUUGUUGGCGAUGACGGGAAGGACGAAAAGAUUGAAGAGGACCAGCAACAAAAAGCAUCAGACGAAGAAGGACCAAAAUUUCAGGCACAUGAGGUAGUGAAGGCGGUGGCAGGGAAGGUCGAUUCGCAUUCCAAGCCGUCGCAAGGAACACACGAUACGACUGUCAUCACUACAUAGGCGCAAGGCACCGACGAAGACACAAGGGAGCAAAGUGCACAUGAGAAAGAUGUGGGGGAAGGACCACUGCUUAUGGAAUGCACUUGUCCAG